AUGAUAUAAAACAGACCUAGGUUAGUUUCUGCGUUCAUUUGAAUAUAUAUUAAUUAUUUUUAAUUUCGUACGAUUAUUUUGCUCAAAACCACAUGCAGAAUGAAAAUAAAAGUUGUUGUUGGUUUACUAUAUUUAAUCGAAUAUUUUUAUUUUGUCAAUGGAAAUUAUUUAAUCGAUUCAUCCGAUUUAAGAGUACAUCAUAACCACGGUGCGAGUGAUGUGAAACACUUCACGAACUAUUGGUAUUUUCAUACGAACGAUAAUCUGCACGAAAUUCACGAAACUAUAGUAAUGCAAGGCUUUUCAUAUGCAAAACCAGUACACGGAAUACCAAAUAUUUAUAAAGUAAAAAUGAAAUAUCAUCCGGAAUUUCAUCAUGAGCCAUCUCAUAAUGUGACCAAUAUUUUAAAGCAAAAUGACAAAGUGAAUUGGGCUAAACAGGGAUUUACGAGAAACUUGUACAAAAGAGUGCCGACGGAUGUCCGCAGCAGAUAUGAGAAGUAUUUUGACGACGAACUUUGGGAUCUGCAAUGGUACGAGCAAGAUUAUCGAGGUAAAGAUAACAGUGAUGGUAUCCGGUUGGAUAUGAAUUUAGUACCGGUGUAUAAAGAGUUAAAAUUCACGGGUAAGGGGGUGCGGAUAGCAAUCAUCGACGAUGGAAUAGAAUAUACUCACGAUGAUCUGAAGAAUAAUUACGAUAAAGAAAUAAGCAUAAAUUUGAACUGGAAUAAAAAGGACCCUAUACCUAGGUAUGAAGAUCCGAUGAAUUUUCAUGGUACACGGUGUGCCGGAGAAAUAGCAAUGGCCGCAAAUAAUAAAAAGUGUGGCGUAGGCGUUGCCUAUAAUGCAAAAGUAGGAGGUGUUGUAUUACUGGAUGGUAAAACAGACGAUGAAAUGGAAGCUAAAGCAUUAAUAAACGCUUUAUCAUUAGUGGAUAUAUAUAGUGGAUCGUGGGGACCUGAAGAUAAUGGUCUAACGGUUGACGGACCUGGAGUGAUAGCACAAAUAGCAUUUGAAAUUGGUACAACUCAGGGUCGAAACGGCAAAGGCUCAAUAUAUGUUUUCGCGUCUGGUAAUGGUCGGCUGCUGUUUGACAAUUGUGCUGCAGAUGGAUACGUAGGAAACAUUCACACAAUUGCUAUUAGCAGUGCCACCGUGGAAGGUAAAGCUCCAGAGUACGCGGAGAGAUGUGCCGCCGUCAUAGCAACCGCUUAUUCCGGUGGUAUCAAUGACGGUGUUAAAAUCAUUACGUCGGAUAUCAAUAAUACGUGCACGCUCUCGCAUACCGGUACAUCGGCCGCAGCUCCAUUAGCAGCAGGUGUUAUUGCUUUAGCUCUAGAAGCCAAUGAUAAUUUGACUUGGAGAGACGUACAAUAUUUGUUAGUUAGAAAUUGCGAAGUAGAGCCUAUAUCGAAUAACUCGGGUUGGUCUACUAACGCUGCGGGAUUUCAAUUCAAUCCCCAAUUUGGAUUUGGCUUGCUGAAUGCCUAUAAAUUAGUAAAAGAAGCUAUAAACUGGCGCACUGUACCAAAGAAAAGUAUUUGUGCCGUAGAUUUCAUUAUUAAUGAAAAUUUCAAAUGUUUCGGUCGAGCUUGGAAAUUCGUAUCAAAAGUUAUUACAAAUGGCUGUCAAAGACGCAUUCAAUAUUUAGAGCACGUGCAACUAUGCAUGACUAUACGGUAUCCAAAACGUGGUAUGAUCGAAGUAGAUUUACUAUCCCCAAAAAACACAACGUGUAUAAUGAUGGAACCACGGCCUUUGGAUAUGUCUGACGAAGGAUUUGUAGAAUGGAAAAUCAAAUCGUUGCAAUUUUGGGGUGAAGAUCCUUUUGGAGAAUGGACAGCUAUUAUUAAGGAUGAGACUUCUGAUUUAUACGACGGUUUAACUGGAUCAGUAGAAAAACUUACAUUAAUAAUGCAUGGAACUGAAGACCAACCUUAUUAAAUUAGAGAAUUAAAAAUAUCUAUUAAGACUCCCCAUUACACAAUAUACAUUUUGUUAUUUUUUUUAUACAAACAAAAGAAAAUAAUUGUAUUAAAUGAUGUCUUAAUGUUUUUAGUGUAGUAAUUGUUGUGUAUGUAGUAUUAAAUACUAUCGAAAAGUAUAUCGAAAAAUAACUAACACAUUAAUGUUGGGAGUAAUAUUGAUACAAUAUUAAUCAUAAAUCGUUUAAAAGAUAAUC